GUAGGUGUGGCUUGGCUCAGACAGCAUCAUCUGAUUCUGAUUCCAUUCCCUGUCUUCCUCUCUGUACAUUGCAUUUUACUGGUCCUCAGUGUGUUUCAGUUGGGCAGACUGGACAGAGCGCAGCCAACACAGCGACGGUGUGAGUGGAGCAGAGAGAAACAAGGAUGGGGGGCGGAGGACAGCAGACUGAGUCAAGCGAGCCGGCCAAGGGUGACAGGGGUGGGCCCGGUGGAGGGGGAGGAGGGCGAGGUGGCAGUGCAGUCUACACCUGGGAAGAGGUCCAGAGGCACUGCCACAGAGGCGACCAGUGGUUGGUCAUCGACAGGAAGGUCUAUAAUAUUACUCAGUGGGCGAAGAGACACCCGGGGGGCAUCCGGGUCAUCAGUCACUUUGCCGGAGAAGAUGCCACGGACGCAUUUUCCGCAUUCCAUCCUGAUCCUCAUUUUGUCAGGAAGUUUCUGAAGCCGUUGCUGAUUGGAGAGCUGGCAACGACAGAGCCCAGCCAGGACCAUGGGAAAAAUGCAGCACUAGUGCAGGACUUCCAGGCCUUGCGCGACCAUGUGGAGAGUGAGGGCCUCCUCCGUGCCCGCCCCCUGUUCUUCAGCCUCUACCUGGGCCACAUCCUGCUACUAGAGGCCCUGGCUUUGGGCCUGCUCUGGGUCUGGGGGACCAGCUGGAGCCUCACACUGCUCUGUUCCCUCAUGCUGGCCACGUCUCAGGCCCAGGCUGGCUGGCUGCAGCAUGACUACGGCCACCUGUCAGUCUUCAAGAAAUCCAGCUGGAAUCACGUACUGCAAAAGUUUGUCAUUGGACACCUAAAGGGUGCCUCUGCUAACUGGUGGAACCAUCGUCACUUCCAGCACCACGCUAAACCCAACGUGUUGAGUAAAGAUCCUGAUGUCAACUCACUGCAUGUCUUCGUCCUGGGAGACAAACAGCCUGUAGAGUAUGGUGUAAAGAAGUUGAAGUACAUGCCCUACCAUCACCAACACCAGUACUUCUUCCUCAUUGGACCUCCACUACUUAUUCCAGUGUAUUUCCACAUCCAGAUAUUGCGGACCAUGUUUUUACGACAGGACUGGGUGGAUCUGGCGUGGUCGAUGAGUUUCUACCUUCGCUUCUUCUGCUGUUACUAUCCCUUCUUUGGUUUCUUUGGCUCAGUAGCAUUGAUCAGCUUCGUCAGGUUUUUGGAAAGCCACUGGUUUGUGUGGGUGACCCAGAUGAAUCAUCUUCCUAUGGAGAUAGAUCACGAGAGACACCAGGACUGGCUCACCAUGCAGUUGAGUGCUACUUGCAACAUUGAACAGUCAACUUUCAACGACUGGUUCAGUGGACACCUCAACUUUCAGAUUGAACACCAUCUGUUUCCUACCAUGCCCCGUCAUAACUACCACCUGGUGGCUCCUCUGGUUCGUGCUCUGUGUGAGAAACAUGGAGUUCCUUAUCAGGUCAAGACUUUGCAGAAAGGCAUGACUGAUGUUGUCAGGUCACUGAAGAAGUCAGGGGAUCUGUGGUUGGAUGCAUAUCUUCAUAAAUAAAUCCCUUCCUGGCUCUGGGCGGGAUUUAAAUCCAUCUCAGAUUAACUACCUGUGAACAGAGAGGACAUUUCCUAGAUGUUUGUGUUGAUAAUGUUAGCUGCAAACAUUAUUGUGAUAUAAUUGUUUUAAUCCUUGGCAGCAGUGAAUGGGGAUCCAUAGCAGAAAUAGAGGGUUUAUAUAGUAGGGCCAGGCGUUUAAAAAAAACUAAACACCGUUUUUAUUGACCUAUAUUUCCAGCAUUAUCCACUGGGUUUGAUGCAGGCAGAGAAUCCUAGGAAAUGCUCUGUAAUUGACACAAGUCUCAAUCAUUCCAGUCUGGUUGUCCAUUCGUUUUUGGCGGAGGGAUCGCUUUAACCAGGGGAAACGCAGCAUACGAAUCUUAAUUUCACUAAGCCUGUUAUUUAGCAGGGAAAACUAUUUGUAGAUCAGUGAUUUUACACCUCGUUUUUCUCAAGCUGAUCGCCUCCAACAGACUCAAUCCCUGAUCACAGGAGGUUAUAUAAAUGGGGAAAUUAGGACACGUAAAGGGGAAAGACUAUGAAUCCAAGCAGAAAAUAUAAGUGCACAAUAAAAAUCUCUAUCGCUUGAAAUUCCCCGCUGGGAUGCUCAUUGCAGACUACAAUAUAUUCUGCAAAACCUGCAAUUUAGCGUCACAUUUUAAAUGGAAAGACAGGAUAGACAGGAUAGACAGCCAUCUGAAAUAAUUAUUCCGUCUCAGAAGAAUGCUUCAACCUUGAAACGUUUUGGAGGAUUUAGUGAAACAGUCUCGUCUUUACACAACAAGACAACAUCAUCAACAACAAUAUUUCACAGCGUAUUCGUUGCCUGUUAUCAUGUGGUUAUGAUAGGCAUUUUUGUAUCAGAAAAUGUAGAGGGUGAAAUAUAGACUAUUUUCAGAAUA